ACUGUGAGAAGCUAAGCUCCUUUUCACAAAGGAUGCGACUAAAGCAGUUUCAUAAGCUUGAGCCCCUGGGGUUGAGCAUGAAGGACUAACAGCUUCUUGUAGAUUGUGCUAAGAGUGGAUCUAAUCUGGUAAAACCCUGCCAGAAAGUCCCUUGACUAAUGUUAUUUUCAGAGUAUUUACUUUCUUAUGAGCAAUGAUGAGAGGACACUGUUAGCUUUGUCCUGUGAAUACUAUGAGAACUUCUGUUUUGUUCAAAUGAUCUCAAAGCCUCAAGACUGGUAUUUCUAUUUUAUGUCCAGUAAUGCACCUCUCAUGCUUAUUUUUGUAACAAACAGAUAUGUUGUAGUUUUUCUGAUUGUUAGCACUGCUUUUUGUUCCUCCCAGUGCUGUUGUACAGUAUAUGCAUUUGAUUCCUCAUGUCCAGUUGCCAAGGUAGCAGAGACAAGAACAACUCACAUGAGCUUUUGCAGAAGGGUUUAGGGAUCCUUCAGAAGCAAAGGUCCUGGAGAAGCACAUAGUUUUACUUGAGAACAUAAUUGAUCACUCCAUCUAAAAGCAAUAUGGGAUUUUGGGGUUAGAGUUUUGUUUUACUAAAAAAAAAAAACAAACCACUUUCUGCAAAUUUAGAGGUGCUUGUGAUGUUGUAAACCUGUUGAAUGGUGUGACAACCUUCUAGUCAAACUAAGCUUUAUUUAUCUCUUUAUUUAUUAACUCUACUAAUAAAAGGGCAAUUAAAUUAAACCCUUAGUGAUUUAUGUGUGGGAUUGGAAUUGUCUGAGCCCUAGUCCUGAGUCAUAAGUGAGCCUUUUGGAGUCUUGCUGCCUGGGGAACGUGGAGGACAGUUUGGACUUAAUAUUUCUUUUGGAUGCAGUAAAUACAUUUGUAAUACAUUCAUAUUAUUUAUUCAUGUUUUGAAGUUAUAACCAUCAUGGUAUUAUCACAGUAUAAAUUUUGAUGCAAAAAUUAAAAAGAAAAGAUAAAGCAGAAUUACAUAAAAUUGUCCUAAAUAUCCGCCUCUGAAUCAAAUGACUCAUUUUGCUUUUUGAUGUAACUUUUUUCAUGUGUAUUGUUACCUUUGUAAGAGUGCCUUGUCUCUAUUCAGUCAGUUACCAGUUUCUGGGUACAAAAUACUUGACUACAUCUGAGGGGAGAGAAGUAUGCAAUGGUGCUAGUUCAUAGCGUAAAGUUUUGGGACUGGCUGAUUUCUCAGGAGCAAUGACUGACACUCUCAAUGUUCCAACAGCUGGAAAUGUUUUAUAGGAUGGAGUUAGAGGACCUGAAGAGGCUGCGUCAGGCCAACCAGGACCUUCUUCAGAGGCUCAGAAUGAAGCAGGAAGAGAUCAGAAAAAGACUUCCCAGCAAGCCGCUCUUUCCAGCAUCUCUUCAUAAUAGAACAGCUACUGAGAGAUCUGUCCCCUUGCCCAAGAGAGGGAAGGAAAAUCAGGUCGAUGCUGCGAAGUCUACAGCUGACCCUGCAAUGUUGGUGUCUGUGGAACCCGGAGGUUACACAGCCAGAGCAGCCCUUUGUUCAUCUCUUAAACACAGUAGCAAUGACAGAGGGGUACGGCAACAACAAGCAAAGAUUCAGGAAGCAGUAGGUUUCAAUUCCAGCUUUCCUGGGAAAGAGAAGAAUGUUACGCCAGUGUCUGCAAUCAUUACCUGUGGCAGAGAAAUCUCCAGAGGGGAUAGGGAUGGCCAUGCUCAAGGAAGUCCAGAGAAAGAAUGCUUCCUCGUGGGACAUGGAGAGAACAGGAAACAGUGCACUCUGCUACAUGGUUUCCAUGAGAAAAAACAGCUUAAGGGUCAUCCAGACCCAUUGCCGAGCAGUAUGCAAAGUGAAGAGACCAGCAAGCAGCAUGUGGUCAUUAGAGAGCCCAUAAUCCGUAAAUCGAUCUUGCUGACAUCUCAGUCUAAAGAGUUGAAGAAUGAAGCUGAUUGUGUGACUUUUCGGUCUGACCCUGAACAAUAUACCAUACCUGUGAGCAGCUGGUCUGUGCGUCCUUUCCUGGGCUAUGACUGGAUUGCAGGGCUCCUAGAUACAAACUCUUCAGUAGCAGAAAAAUCUGAUCAAUACUUUGCUGAGCUGCAGGAAUUCCGACAGGCCAACAAAGCAGCGUGUAUUCAUGAGCAGCACCUGGAGCCCAAGGCUCUGGAUUACGAAGUUCCUGAACAAGAACCAGAUUUGAUAACUGUUUCCCAUAAGUGUGUUUACUGUUAUCGAUUAAAUCAGCGCCUCUUCACUGUCCCUGUGGAUUCAGAAUCUGCCUGCCCCAUUUGUAAGAUCCCACGUACUUACCAGCCCCCAGAGGUACUGGAAGAGCCAGCCUAUGUCAGGGUCAGCAUUCCCAGGUCUACCCUUAUGCCUGCCUACAAAUACAAAGCCCAUCGCAGGAAGAGCCUUGAACCGGCAGACAAUCUAGCAUUACCUUUGCAUUGCCUGGCUGGCUGGGAAAAUAUCCCUUCCAGCAACCCCACACUCAGCAGUCUGGAUCUGCGAGCUUCACUGGAGGAGAAGCCUUCUCACCAUCCUCGCUUGAACUUGGUGUCCAGAGUGUCAGGAGGAACCAGAACUGACCAGCUUCUGAACCUGACCCACUUGAUACACUUUGGAUUUGGCAGUGCUUCUCAGCAGAGGGAGCAAAACAACCCGUGACACUACAGGGGAGCUCCAAGUUUAAAUCCGACUGCCUCAGCUCUAUGAACCACUGACUUUAUUGUCCUGGGGAAGGGAUGGGCACAGGGUGUGAAAACAACUCUAUUUGGAGAAAAAUAAAUCUUUGAACACGUUUUUCCUAGUUUUCAUAGUUGUGUGCAUACAUGAGCAAGCGAUACACAUAGCUGAAUGUAAAAACUCUCAUAUAUGUUUUUUCACUUCUCUUUUUUUGCCUUUUGCAGCUACUUCUAAGCAGAUGCGUGAGCUUUGCCACAUAGGGCUGGAUAAAGUGGUGUAUACGGGAUGACUAACUGUUACCACUAGGACAGCCGUACCAACAGAGUUCAUCUGCCACCUCACCUAAGUAAACCAGAAGUGUAAUACUGUUAACUCUGAAUGCUAGGGCUCUGAAUGGGCCUAUGAAUGGCCUGGUUCAGUGGAAUGCGUACAAAAAUGUUCAUUUCCAAAAAUUUGAAACAUGAAACAUAAUUUGAUAGUGCCUUAAACUGGAGUUGCUCAAUAAUUGC